AUGGAGAUAUUUAAGAUCAUUUAUGAAGGGGGCAAUUAAAAUAUAAUUAAAUAUAUAGUAUUAAUUCUAUUUUUAUUAUUUUAGGAAUAAGAACUAAAAUUUUGGAAGAAUCAUUCUAAUUAUUAAACAGUUCAUGACAUUUUCAAAUUAAUUAAGUGCCACUAUAUGUAAUAGCAAUUUAAUAAAUUAUCUAUUGAUUCUAAACCAUAAUAAUAAUAUUAAAAUUAUAAUGUGAUUGAAAAUGAAAUUGAUUUAUUUAAAUCUGUAUAAAAUCACAGUACAAAUUUAUCUAAUUAGAUAUAAAAAAGAUUAGUUGAAUAUGAUAAUGGGGAUAUUUAAAUAAUUUCUAAGAAGAACAAAUUAAAUUGA